AUGUAUCGGAAGUUGUCUAAGUUAGAACACUCGGAAAUAAAACAACUUCUUACAGAAGCUAAUAUAGAAGUAGCAAAGCAUUACGCAACAAACAAAAAAGCACUCGCUGACUUCAUUAAAGACUAUAAUGGUGCAAUAAGUUAUGAUAGAAUUCAUGAGUUCAUAAAGCCGCAACGCGGCGAGGACGAAGUCCAUGCAAUAGCAUUUCCUUUAAAUGACGUUGCUAUUGACUUAUAUCAUAGACGUUCAAUACCUCAUGAAGUAAGGCGUGAGAUGUUUGACAUAACAAAUGCGAACGUUGGUGAAACAAGAAGAAGAGACGACACACUGA